AUGGUCCCCGCCAGCGCUAUUAGCUGCGAUGGUCACCGGGCCACACCGGUAAACACGAGAAGCAUUCGCUGGUGUGGCGACGAGAUCACGGAUACCGUUGGUCUGCCGUUCAAGGAAGAUGCCGCGGGGCACACCAACGACGGUCCAUCCACCGAGCCACGACUGCAGAGCCAACCCUGCUUUCUCUCUCGCCUUUUGCUGACCGCCGCUUUCUGCAUGACAACAUUUCUUGCCUUCGUGUACCUCCUCACGCUACUCUGCCAAAAGCAGCAUGCGACAUCCAACCACCGCCACCGGCCAAAGCGUCGCAACGGCGUCGUGCCCCUUCAUGAACCCCCGACAAGGACAGGCGCCAACCAGGCGGUCUGGGAGGGACCCAAAAUAGGCCUGUGCCACUCCGUCGUCACGCAAUGGCGGGAGAUCGUCUACCAUGUGGACCAAGAUUCAGCCAACAUUUCCUGGCCAACCUUUGCAUCUUUGGUUGUUCCUUACGCCUUCGCAGCUCUCCUCCUCAUCGUCGACGCCAGACUUCGGAUGGCAUGGUGGCAUCCUCACCCAACCCCCGUCCAUCUUAGCUCCAGCACAGUGCUGUUAGGCGAGGUAGAAUCGCCGUGUGAAGGAGCUUAA